UAAUAAAUAAAUUUUUUCAAGAGAUUGCUAAGAUUUAUCUCAUGCGGAAUUACAAAUUCCGGAUUCUUGACCAACUACAGCGAACGAUCCGUAACGCCUUAUUCUCCACAUAUCUUUCAUUCUCUAGAAACUUUCCGGUUAGUCCGAGUUACGGCGCGAUACGUGCGCACUUAUUUGCGUAAUGCAAAAAGAAUGAAAGAGAGUUGGAGGCGAUUGCUUCGUCAGACGUCGCUACGCUACUGGCAGGUGUCUUCCCGGAUCGAACGCGAAUAGCGUUCGUCUCGCUGUGGUGAAACUAUAAUGAUGGUGUCCUUCUCACACCAGGAGCGAGGGCAUAUAAGGUGGGAUGUGCUGGCCUCAGCUUCAUCAGUACCAAACACACACGACAAGUCCGCCAAGCUAGCAGGUUUAAGGUCGGCCGUCAUGAGUUUCGCUAGGAUCUACAUCGCCGCAUUCCUAUUGAUGCAUGGACUCUGCGAUGCAGAGACCACCGGAAGCAGGGAGAUCAAGGUGAACGACUCGGAUAACGUCGAGCCUUUCGUUGCCGAUGAUGCUGUCGAUGCUUCAGAUACCGAGAGAGGCGGGAAAGAGGGGAUAGAACAACGGGAAAAUAUGGAGGAUAUUCUACCAAUCCUACCUCCGAUAAUACUUUUGGACUUCGAUAACGGUACAAUUGAAGAUAAUACGACCGACGAGAAGUCGAAGCGCACCGUGAACGACGGCCUUGGCUACGGCUUCGACCGAAACUCCCUGCACGCCCCGCGAAAGUAUAAUUAUUACUUUCCCGCGGGAAAGACCGGAACCACCGUGAGUAUAGAGGAAUCCAUCAGCCCGUUUCUUCCAAGGACCAUCAUUGAAAAAGUACCGCCUAGCAAUCAGAAACCGAUUUCCGGCUCAUUAGCGGAUUUCGGCCGGCAGGAGGUCCGCGACUCGAUGAAUUCGCGAUAUCAAUACUACAAUCCCACGACGAAGUCACCGCCGGUAUUUGGGCAGCGAACGAAGUUGACGAAGACUUCUGAUUCCGAGCCUUAUCAAGGAUUCUCGCCGAUCGCGAGACCCUCCGUCGACGGGUACGCGAACGCAAAUUAUCAGGACGACGCGUACGCGUCCACGACGUCGCAAUCUCUGACGUUUGGCCCCGCAGACGCAGCAACGGCGGCGGACUACGUUACUCCGAGUCCGCAGAGUUACACCGCCUCCAGUUCAAGUCGAUACACCUACGUCACCUCGAGCCCACCGCCGUACUCCCAAAGAUAUCUGGGGCAGGGCUCUCAGCACACGAUAAACGUGCAGAGUUACUCCAGUCCAAAGCAAAACGCAGCGAAAGCCUCGCCGUCCAGUCCCCUCGAGGCCGCCGCUUUUCUGGAGCAGUUAAAGCAUCACGGUUACACGCGACCGGGCUCGCACAUGGUGGAAUCCUCGACUCCCGCAUCCAACGACGCGUCAGGUUACGCGGAGAACGCCGGACCGUUUCCCAAUCUACCACGAUACACAGUGGAGAACGGCGUCAAAUACGAGAACAAGAUAUUCUGGAAGUAUCCAGACGGCAGAGUGUCCGAUGUACCGCCGAUGACGUACGAAACUUACUCCGACUAUCCGUCGUUAGCUGCAUUACAAGCAGCCAAGACCCAGGACACGUCGCAGAUCUAUGAAUCCGCUUCGACGGAGAACAGCGUGAUGUCGCAGGGCCCGGUGCAGUUCCCGUUGGCGCCGGAACCCAGUGCUUCACGUACCCCUUUCAUCUCGGCCAACUCCCUGUCUCGUUUGCAGCAACAGCAGCAAGCGUUUCGGCUGGGUUAUCAGAACUACAUCGGCCAGAAGCAGACAGUCUCGCAACAGGUCAAAGCCGGCAGCGGAGUCUCACCUACGUACUCGCUAGUUUCUUCGACAACCCUGUCGCCGCUGAGAAACUCUCUCAAGCCGACCGGAAAGGUCUCGAAGAAUCGAUACGAGACGUUCAGAUCACCGAUCUCAAAAUACAUGGUAAACAGUGCAAAUCCGGAAUACAUUAACAACAUGGAGAAGAAUGUAAGACCCACUAGACUCUUCAGUUCAUCGGUUGGUGGCAACUCGGCUAAGAAGAUCAACCCGGCAGGAAGCAAGAAUCUGGACGGUUACUCAAAUUUGCAAUACUCGGACUUGCUGAACUACAAUCCGUCUAUCUCGCAAUACAUCAAGAAUCCCGCGUCCAUCCUCAACGUGCAGCCGACCUUUGUGCAAGCCGGAAACUCCCUGAUACCUGUGAUCAUUCUAAGAGUAGAUGGUGUGCCGCCCAUACAACCUAAGGCCUCACCAAAUGUGAAUUUGAAAGCCCUGCUGCAGCAAUAUCUCGUUCAAUACGCCAGAAGUAUAGAGGAAUUGGCACGACCGUCCACGUAUGAUUUCGGCGACGAUCAGUUCCCGAAGGAUCAACAUUCGUUCUCCACGAGCCAUCUACGUGAACUGGCGCGAUUGGCACCAAGCGGUGGCGCUCGUGACUUGAUCAGCAAUCCUACGGAAUCCUACAUCGGCAAAUCGAGUUACGAGGCGAGCAAUCUAGACAUCGAAAAGGAUCUGUCAGGUGGAAAAUACGGCGAGCGCACGGCGACCCGGCCGAAGGUGAAGAGCGUGCAGAUCAUAGAGGAUCCGAGACUUGCGAAUCAUAGACUUUAGUACGAAAUCGCGCGUAAACGAUAGAGAGUCGCGGAGAUUCCCUUGACUUUCGUGUUUUAUAAAUUCAGCUUUUUAAAAUAUACUAUAUUUAUAUGUAUUAUAACACAAAUUUAGAUCGCGCAAGAUAUCUAUUUCAAGAUAUAAUAUUGAGAAGAAUAAUAUUAAAAAAGCUGGAAUUAAUAAUCUCGAUAUCAAUUGAAAAUUCAUAAUCAAUUGAUAAAUCAGUACGUUUCCAUUUGCGUUAAAAAAAUAUAGCGUUAAUGUAAAAAAUAUAAAAAUUGUACUUAGUAGAGAGUGCAGUAGAACACGAAAGUUAAGCCGAAACGAUCGAUCGAUGUGGCAUUAACUACCGACGAUAUCAAAUCCGGAUUAAGAAAGUUUCUAUAUGGAAAGAUAUUUUUUUUCUUGUAUUAUUCUUUAAUUUUAAGUCUUAAAUAAUUGCAAUGUACAUUAUUUGGCACAUUACGACUUCAGAGAAUGAAACGCUUCGUGCCAUGAACCGAUUUAAGGAAACGUCAGUGAGAUAAUGAUAAUCGGGCGUUAGUGAUACGAUAGUAUUUAUAAUGUGGGAUUGUGCAAUGUAUUGUAAUACAUACAAACAUACCUGCGCUACUGUUUUGCUGAGAACACGCGAAAGUUUUGCUGAUAUUAAUAAAUUCUUUUGUCGUUCUCUGAAAAACAGUAGUAAGCAAAGCACAUCAGUGGCUUUGUGAACGUACUUAUGAAAAAAAAACAACCAAAUUUCCACACUUCAGAAAGGUACCUUAUAAAUCGUAGUGCUUAAGUCCUUAUGUGCAACUUAAGAUACGACUUGUAUACUACAUUAAUGAAAAUAAUGAAAUAAGCAAAUAAGAAACAUAUUUUUUUAUACAAAUUAGAUAUGUAUUAGAUAUGUAUUAUAGAUAUGUAUUUGUGCCUUGAUUAAAUUUCCAUCAGAAAUUAGUUGUUUUUCAAAGAUAUAUAAAUCUUUUCAUUUUGUACUCUUCAUCGAAACCUUUUAACGCGAUCGCAUUUUGAUUUAAUCUGCUCCCUAAAAUCGAUUAAUUAUAAAAUUUUGUGGUAUACUUUAUUUAUAAGUAAUUUUUUUUUCUUUCAAAUGUACGAUAAUAUAUAUAUUCAUAUAAAUAAAUAUAAAUGCA